AUGAAGCCUAGAUCUUUCGUCGCAUACCCCUUCGCAACCAUCGCCCUUCUCCUUGCCACCUCUGCGCAAGCUCGCCCCUUCGAGAGCAUCAUCCAGUCGUUCAGCAUCCUCAACAAACAGUCGCCCCUUCGAGACUACAUCAUGGGCAACCCCGAGGAACAGGUGUCAACCGGCGUCAUCAUAUCCGAUGUCAUCGGCAAGACACAGAACAUCGCCAUCUUCAGCGGCCUGACGAGGGACAUCGACACAGUCUCCGGACGACUAGAGAACGCCUCACAGAAUGCCACGGUGCUGGCACCGAACAACAGCGUCAUGCGCGACCUGAAGAGGAAGCCAUGGGAAGAUCCUGAAGAUUAUGACACCUUUGGCGCGGACGCAUACGAAGGUGCCGGCGGGCAAGACCGGGCGCGGGGCAACCUUAAGCGCUUCGUGCAGCGACACAUCAUACCGGAUAGUCCAUGGGAAGAGGGCAAGAAGGUCAAGACGCUUUCUGGCAACGAGAUCUGGUGGGAGUCCAAGGACGGCCAAAAGAAGAUCCAGCCCGCCAACGUUGUAGUCACGAGCAUAGCCGACAAAGUUUCUAAUGGCGAAGUUUGGGUUCUCGAAGGCUCUCUCGCAUAA